UAUUACAAACCCUGUAAUAUUUUACAUUAAUAUUUUAUUUGGUGGUUGACUCGUGCCAGCGCAAAGUCGCUUGACUUAUUAAAUUUAAUUUAUUUAUAACACAUUAAGGCAAAAUGCAGAAAUUACUAUUGUUAAUGUUUUUGGCCCAUCAGGCAUCAGGUGUUAUAUACUCGUUAAAUUUAACGGAGUACUACAAACUGCCGGAGUUGCACGAAAUGGACGACUACGACCGCUGUCUGGUGGCACCCAAAGGACUCUAUUGCGUCCUAGAUGCAGAUUUGUACCCUGGAGAAAACCCGGACCUUAUGCGAAUUUUACAGGAAUACUCUGCCAGUACGAAGAGACACUACAACCACACGCAAAUACACAGAGCGUUAUGUGUCACAGAAACCUGUAAAGAUUUCGCACUGGGAAGAUACUUGGAACACCCAGAAGACCUAAAGUUGGUCCUUGAGGAAUGCGUGAAUGCUUCCAUAUGGCGAACACACAAGUUGACCGCCAGAGUGACGAAUGUAUCGACUUGCAAGAAACAUGGGGCAAAAAGGCAUUUCACCGCCGCAGAUUAUGUGAUGGCAGGGGUUUACAUGACUCUCAUAAUAGUUAACGUGCUGGGAACAUGGCACGAUUUCAUCCAGGAUGACACACCAGGGAACCCGUACUUAAUGGCGUUCUCCAUCCGACGCAACUGGCGCAAACUGACCGCUGCCGGAUUCGACGGGCCCGACCACAGAUUGAGGAGGCUUCGCGUCUUCAAUGGACUAAGAACCCUGACGAUAUUCGGCGUGUUCACGACCCACACAGCCCUAGUGAUGGCCUUCUCCUUCUUAAAGAACCCUCUCUACUUCGAAGUGGCCUACGAAGACCCCUUUAAAGUCCUGCUCGUGAACGGCGACGUGGUCACGUACACGUUCUUCGUGAUGUCCGGCUUCCUGCUGGCGUUCAACUUGGAGCUGCUGGCGGAGAAGACUAAGAUCACGUUCUGGGAAUGGCCUAAGGCUUUGGUGUUGCGUUGGCUGAGAUUGACCCCUGUGAUGGCGAUAGUGUUGUUCACGGUGAUGACCAUCAACCGCCACCUGGCGGACGGUCCGCAAUGGGACUUAGUGGUUACGAGCGAGGCCGAAGCCUGCUGGCAGUACUGGUGGGCGCAUAUGCUGUAUAUCAACAACUAUAUCUAUGACAACUCGCACUGCUUGCCCCAAACUUGGUACAUAGCAGCUGAUACACAGCUAUUCGCACUAGGUAUGCUGGUAUGCGUGGUGUUCCGCCGUCCGCGCUAUCAGGCGAUAGUACUAGCUGUUUUGGGAGUGCUCGCGCUGCUUAUGCCAGCGGCUCACACCUAUUUUCAGGACUUGGAUGCGGUGGUCUAUCAAUCUCCAGAAUUAUAUCGCAGCCUCUACAAGACGUACGACACGUUUCGGAUCAUGUACGUGCGUGCGCACACCAACAUGUUCACCUACGUCCUUGGCAUGGCCUGCGGGCUGCUCGCCAUACAUUGGUUCAAGAAUGAGAAGGUCGUCUCUGAGAGAUUCCAGAAAUAUCGCUGGGUGAUCUGGGUGACGCUCCCGAUCGGGGUCUUCAACGUGUACUCGGGCUCCUUCUUCUACGCGGACGGCUACGAGCCCUCGACGGCGCUGAGGGUACUGUACGCCACGCUGCGGAAGCCCCUGUUCCAAGUCUUCACCUUUUUGUUCAUUAUGGGCUCCAUCUUUAAGGCUGAAGGUGUACUCCGUGGCAUCCUAGAAUGGCGCGGCUUCACUUGGACUGCCCGAGUGUCGUACUGCGCGUUCCUACUCCAUACUUUAGUGCAGCGUGGUCUAGUCGGCUCGCAGAAGCUGCCCACAUACAUGACGGACUAUUACUUGCUAAUGAUACUCGGCGGUACUACGUUCAUCACGACCAUAGCGGCGGCGCUGCUCUGGCUGACCGUGGAGGCCCCGAUAGGAGCUCUCGUCAAAGCCAUCAUAGCUCCGGAGGCGCCGCCACCACGGGAGGAAACUACCAAAGUUUAACACAUUGAGUGCCGGGAAUCCGCUCGGCGGAUUCUCUGUUCGUAGUCGCUUUUCUCUACAAAGCGGGAAAACGCUGGGAUCGGCUACGAGCGUAGCGCUGCGAAAACGUUGGCAGAGAAUGCGAGAAUGUU